AUUUGAUUUCUCCUGAAGACCAAGGUUCCUCCGGGUGAGAGAGGGCACCAUGGCUCUGGAGAAGUCCUUUGUGCUGUUCCCACUGCUCGCCCUGAUGCUUCUGGUCGUGGGCUGGGCCCAACCUUCCCUGGCCAAGGAGACCCCAGCCAUGAAGUUCCAGAGGCAACACAUGGAUCCUGGCAGCUCCCCCAGCAGCAACCUCAACUACUGCAACCAGAUGAUGGUGUACCGGAAUAUGACGCGGGGCAGGUGCAAGCCAGUGAACACCUUUGUGCAUGAGUCCCUGGAAGAUGUCCAGGCGGUCUGCCUCCAGGGGAGCAUCACCUGUAAGAAUGGCCAGUCCAACUGCCACCGGAGCGGCUCACGUGUGCACAUCACAGACUGUCGCCUGAAGGGCGGUGCCAAGUACCCCAAAUGUGAAUACCGGACGACCACAAAGAUGAGCUACAUCAUCGUGGCCUGUGAGGGGAGACCGUAUGUGCCCGUCCAUUUUGAUGCUUCUGUGGAGGUCUCUUCCUGAGGCCGGAGCACAGGUGUCCCCAUCGCAUCAUGAUUAUGACACCUGGGUCCCAGUGCAUUCGUCUUCCCUCGGGGCUUUUUGGGCUUAGGUGUGGGGGGUGAGGUGGAUUUCCCAUAUG